AGUCACGCGCCAUUCACCGCGUAGGAUGCGCGCGCGCCGUUGCGCUUUCGGAUUUUAAAUUCUAGUGACAAAGUGCUAUGGUAUAGUUGUGAAGUGUCGAUAUUACUUGUCACGAAACGGUGUGCGUAAGUGGAUUGAUGCGAUGUGAUAUGUGAAAAUUGUUCUUGGUGAACUGGUGUUUACAUUUUCAUGUAAUGUCAAGAUGGAGAGCGCAAUGCGAUGACAAGCACGGCUCUGGUGGCACUCAUUCUAUGGGUGUCAGCGUGCGCGGCGCGCGCGCAGCUCCGGCCAGCCGACGCGCCGCUUGCUAUUAACGAUACACGAUGCGGUGCAGAAUGUAUACGGUGCGCGGCAGACGGCUGCGUGAAGUGCACCAGACUGCUGGUAUGGCCAGAAGGCACGUGCACACACACAUGCCCUGCCGGAACCCGCGAAUCUUGGGCACACGAUGAUCGACUCAUGGGCCGUGUCUGCUACCCGGCCCAAACAUACAACGAAAUACUUGUCGGUGGUACAUGCGGUGCUGUGGCUUGUAUAGCACUAAUAGCAGCGGGUGCUGCGUAUGCUCGGUGUAGAUCCAGCGCACGGGCACAAGCUCAACCGCUGCCGCAACGGCCGAGGCACGACGAUGAUACCCAUCUCAGGGAAUUCCAUAAACAGCUUGACUGUUUAAGACCACACGCUUACACAUUGCUAGCAAUACUGAACCAUACACGGAAUCAAGUGAGAGAACUAUACCAACUUGGGAACAACGACGCCGCUAUGGCAUACAGUUGUGUUCUAAGUGAUCUGGCGAAGUUACUCAUCUUACUCAACAAACAACACGUACCAGUCGUACCAGAAGAAUGGCCACGGCUAGCUACUUGGGCUGAAAGAAUAUUGAAACGAUACAACCGAACAGCCGUCACUCAAUUACAACAAGAGAGUCAACUUGUUAAUAUCAUCGAUACUCCCGCGAGUCACGGAUCCGAUUCAGAAGGAACACAACAGUCGUUCUCAACAUUCAAACCGCCUUCGUAUUCGCCUACAUCUUACGACAGCAACAUAGACAAAGAGCUAGAGAGCCAGUGUGAAUGGAGUGACGUAGGGAGACCUCCGAGUUACACUCAAAUUGAAAGAGAGAGAGAAACGAUAGUGCUGUCAGAUCCUUGGGAAAGAAGACCUAUUGUGAGGCGAGAAAGCGUUUGGCUUGAAGACGAGCUUUUCGAGAUGACUAGGCGGCCACAAGACGAACUUACUACCGAACUUUAGUUAUAUAGUUUAUAUUUAAUUAUUUUUUGUUCAUAAUCUAUAAAUUUAUAAAGGUAGUUUUCUUUUCGUUUUUGUUUAAAGUUUAAAUGAUAACAC